AUGGAGGUUACCAGCUUGGAUGAAGUCCUUUCGAUACACAAGGAGCGGGAUAUCCCCAUCAAACGGGAUGUGAUCGAGUCGGCUCUGGAGGACCCCGCCGCGGGUCUCGGGAAUGCGGAGUGGGUAUCCAAACACUUGCGACCGAAAACGCUUCUAUCCAAGGAAGAGCUGAGCCUCUAUACAAAGCUCGAGAAUUCUGGUGCUCUCCAGCCCAUCCUUCGCGACUCCAGUCUUGCUGCGACACGGCCCUUUCUUGAGGACGACAUACGAAGCACUAUUCAUUCUCUUGAGAUCUCCACAGCGGCAAUACAAAAAAAAUCCCAGGCGCUUUCUGCACAAUGCGAAACACUCAAAAAACAAAUGCGCCGGCAAGAGGGCCUGGAACAAGAUAGAAACCGGGACAUCGCACGACUGCGGAAGAAGCAUGAAGGUGGGAAACAAAACACUACAGUUCUGGCAAAUGAUCUUUCCGAUGAGCUCGAUGCGGGCUUCAGGAACGAGACAGACAAAGCGGGGGCAGAAAGCAAACGAAUCCUCUCGUUGCUGUCCACCCGGAUGAAACUUGACGAUAGAAUUCUUGGUACUCUGGAGAAUCUGAUGCCUGAAAUCAAGUCGAAUGGAAAUGAUGCAUCCACUGUCAAGCGAGCAGCACACUUGAGUGAGACUCUGGCGGCGUGCAGCGCAGAGGAAAUUCACUAUCGCCUGGACCGACUAUACCUAGAAUCGAUCCGAGCCGGAGAAACCAAAGACCUGAAAUAUACACACGAAGCGGAGGACGAGACCAUCUCGGCAUUGGAGGAGGAGCUGGAGUCUCUGUAUCCUGAGAUCGAGAUCUUGGCCGAAAUGUCCACCAAGCAGCAAUUCUACGAGCCGAUUCUACGCGAGAUCCACAAUGAACACAGCCAGCUUCGGGUAACUUCACAGAACAAGUUGGAACAGAUCCUUGAUGUCUUAAUUGACAUGACUCUGGCCAAGCAGGCAUUGACGGCACAGCUAGCGGACCGGGAAUCUUCAUGUGAACUAUUGGAGCAAAUUGCAAGUCUUUAUCAAGCCGAAACAACCACUCAGCUUGUGACCCAGCCAUCUUCUCGUCGGGAAUCCAUUAGGCGGCGGUCCUUGCAGCCUAGUAUAAUUCUCGGGGCCACACGCAACCCCACUCCAAUGCCCGAGUCACCUUCUCUAGAAAACCUUCUCCGGCGCGUUGGCUUGUCACCCGAGUCAGUGCUCCGCCCGCGGGCAGAGGAUGGCGGUGCUCAGGGACUCUAUGAUAAGCGAAUCCACAUGUCGGAGACCAUCCACAAUCUCGAGACUGCGGCCGAAUUACCCCUGGUGGCUCAUCUGGAUCAUACAGAUAGCUCAUCCCAGCUGCUGGCCUCCUCAUUACAUGGCCAUUCCCAAUUUGAAACCUCGUUGCGAGAUCUUGGACAAGAAGGUGCAUUGUUGGGUCUGGAAACUGAACUCGCCUCACUUCAAAAAGGGGUGCAAGGGUUGAACCUGAAUGUGCUCCAUCAGCGGGAUAAGACCCAAGCUAAGUUUCUUGAGCGGUGGAGUUGA